AUGCUUAUAAAUGUUGAUGGAAUCUUAUGUAUUCCUUUAAAACUGUUUCGACUCAGAACAUUUUAUUCAACUAAAAAUGAAAGAACAUUCCACAAGCAAAAUUUAUCUGAUACUAAUUACAGUUGGCUACAUAAUCUGAUGAAAAUAAACGAAAUGCCGAUAACUGUGAUAAAUUUCAGUUAUUCACGGAUUUAUUUUACUCUGGUCAUCUAUAUUUCUCAACUUUUAAAUAUUUAUUCGAUACAAUCUAUUCAUGUUAAUGAACCGAAUGUAUUCUAUGUGAAUGAUGAUACAAUUGAAGGUCAAAGAAUAGGUCGUAUUACAUACUUCAAUGGUAAUCAACAUGUUACUUUGAAAUCAAGUCAAAUGAAAGCUGUUAUCGUUCGAUCAAAUCGUCCACCAGCUGUUUACUUUAAAUUGAAUGAGAACACUGGAGACUUGUAUACACGAACUAUGAUAGAUCGAGAGUCAUUAUGCUUAAAAUCUUUUCAUACUAAUGAAAGAGUAAACUCUAUACCAAGAGAUGCAAAUUCUGACUUUUCUCAGUCAAAUUAUCAACAUAUUUCAUUAUCAACAAAUUCAAAAGUUAUAAAUCAGUGUAAAUUCACUUUUCAAGUAGCUCUUCAUCGUCUACAAUCUCAUCAACAACAUCAAUCUACUGAACCUGGAUUUCAUUAUUUACCAGAAUUUUUAGAUAUUCAUAUAUUUAUCAUUGAUCGUAAUGAUCACAUUCCAACAUUUCAACCACAUUCCGUAAUCAAUUUAUCAAUUCCAGAAUCUGUACCAAUUGGUACACGUAUUCAACUUCCAUUAGCAUUUGAUCCAGAUUCACCAGAAUUUAGUAUAAAACGAUAUGAAUUAUAUCCAUUGGAUACAUCUGAUUUCACUUUAUUCAUACAAACAACAGAUAUAAUAAAUAAUGCAAAUCUUAUACAAGAGAUAACUGGAUUAUAUUUAGAAUUGAAGACAAUACUUGAUCGUGAAGUAAAAGAGAGUUAUACACUUGAAGUGAAAGCAUUCGAUUCAUCAUCUUCAUCUACAUCAUUGAAUACAUUUCUACCUUCUAUAAUCGAUAAUCGUAAUAUAUUAAAAAUAUUUCUAACAGUUGAAGAUAUCAAUGAUAAUGGACCAAUUUUUCAACCACAAAAUACUUCAACUCAUAGUGAAUCAUCUACAAAUAUGAUAAGCUCAAAUUUAGAUAGUUCAAAAUAUUCUCUUACUAGAUAUGAAUUUGCAUCAAAUAUUAACAGUAUUAUUAAACAAUUAUUUAAAUUGAAUGAACAUACUGGAGAAUUAUUUUUAAAACAACCAUUAGACUAUGAAAAAUGUACUAGUUAUUCAUUUGAUGUGUUAGCUAUAGAUAAUGAAUAUGAUCGUCGUAGUAAGAUAGAAGGUGGUAGUUCACAUUUAAUCAAUUCACAAUUAUAUAACAAUAUUUUCACAUCUACAGCUAAUGUUAUUGUAAAUGUCUUAGAUAUUAAUGAUGAAAUACCAAUGAUUGAAGUAGAUUAUUUACGAAUAGAUGAAACAACUGGAAGAUCAGCUACAUUUGCAAGUAUUGAAGAAAAUAGUGAUCCACCACAGUUUAUAGCUGAUAUUUUAGUCACAGAUAGGGAUGCCAAUGCAGCUAACAGUCAUGUCAUAUGCACACUAAACAGUAAAUCAAACAGAUACCAGAGUAAUGAUAAUAAUAAUAAUAAUAAUGAUAAAAACUCUUCAAUUACAAGUUUAUUUCAACUAUCUGAAGUUAGACGUCAACCUGGUCUGGUUCAGUAUAAUAUGCUCACUGUAAAUAGUCUAGACAGAGAGAUCAAUGGAGCAGUAACACGUAUAAGAAUUCAGUGUUCAGAUUCUGGUGAAAUUAAAAAGAUUUCUGAAGCUGAUCUAGUUGUCCAUACUAUAGACUUGAAUGAUAAUAAUCCACAAAUCCAAUUGAUAUCAUCACAACAACUCGAUAAUUCAAAUACUGAGCAAAAUAUUGUACAUCUAAAAGAGAAUGCUCAAACUGGUACAAUUGUUGCACAUUUCAAUGUAAGUGAUCAAGACUCUGGUGAUAAUAGUAGAACAAGUUGUUCACUUUUAUCUGCAAAUGAUCCUCUAUUACUUAACCUUAAAGAUUAUUUCCAUGUUGAUCCAGUAUUGUGUAGCUUGAUAACACGUAAACCAAUUGAUCGUGAAUCAACCAAUCCACCAAUCAGUGAAAUUGAUCUAAGCAUUCAGGUUAAAGAUCAUGGACAACCAGUGCGUAAAUCAUCUAUCAAUAUAAAAGUAAAAAUUCUCAAUGAAAAUGACAAUAUUCCAAUGUUUCAGCAUACAUUUUAUCGUUUCUCUAUUAAGGAGAAUUUACCAGUCGGUGUAAGUGUUGGUCAGAUAAUUAUAACUGAUUUGGAUGGAGAUUAUGAUAGGUUAGAGGUACGAUUACAGAAACAAGAUCAGUUACCAUUUACACUGUGGAAAUCAGACAUAUCCUAUGGAUAUAUUUCAAUCGAUCAUUCUGAAGCACAGGUGGUUAUCUAUCAUCUGAAUACAACAAGAAUACUGGAUAGAGAAGACAAUUCUAAUUAUGAAUUUGAAGUCUAUGCAAAUGAUAUGAGUGAAGAUAGAUUGCUGAGUCAGCACAAAAUAUCAUCGAAAAGCUUAAGUCAUACAACAAGUGCAACUGUUUUGGUUACAAUUGAAGAUGAAAAUGAUAAUGAUCCUGUGAUCAUAUUUCCACAACAAGCCAAUAAAACAUUUAUUCUUUCAAAUUCUGAGAAAAAGUAUUAUCAACUAAUGACUGUGAAUGCCAAUGACAAGGAUCCUUCAUCUAACUCAUUUAUGUUUAUGCUAGAAAAAGAAGAUACUUUCAAAUCAAAUGACAAUUCAGAAGAUGUUGAAGAUGAUCAAAUUGACUCGAAAGUCUUUACAUCAUCAGAAUCAAGGUUAAAACUAAAAAAUAUAACGCCUAAUUCAUUUCUAGAAAUCGAUCGUAGUGUAGGAACAGUAUAUCUGAGUAGAGAUAUUCAUCAAAAUGAUACUGGUAUUCAUGCAUUUCGUGUAAUUGUACACGACAGUAUAAUCAGUCCACGAACAGCAUCUCUCAGGUUUAUUGUUAGAGUGGAAUCAAUUCCACCUCGUUUACAUCAAACUAACACAAACAGUUUUAUCGGUAAUGAACGCGUUGAACGUCGAGUAUUGUCAUCGGGAGAGAACCCUCUAAGUCCUGAAUUCAUGGAAUCUAAUUUUGGCUACAACAAUCAUUAUGUAAAGUCCUCCAAUGAAUAUGGCAUCCUGACAAAUAGAAAACUUGAUAAUAUAAAAAUGAUUUUUGAUAAUCAUUCCAAUACAAUUUCAUCCUCUUCAGCAUUUUCUUCAUCAUCGAAACAGUUAACACGUCGUUUAACAGGAGAUACAGUCCUUAUAUUAUCAUUAGGCUUGAUUUUGUUAAUACUUUUAGCAACACUAUGCUUAGUGAUAUUUGCACGUCAUUGGUCAACAAAUUCAGGUGGUGUACAAAAUUCGAAUUCAUCAGACAAGAUUCAAUGUUCCAAUAUAUUUUGUUGUGACUCACCAGGUUGUAAACAAGUGACAAAUAAUGAUGAUUUAAAGAAGGAAGUAGUGAAUAUUUUUCAUUCAACACCUUUAUCAAAUUCUCAAGAUCAUCCACAAAUGAAUAUAAACUGUGAUACUAUCAGGUCACUGGACACGUAUAACGCAAGCAUUAGCGAUUCUUGCAGUCGAAAAAUGCUGGAUAGUGAUCAUAUUUACUAUCGUGAUUGUAGACAAUUUUCAAUAUUACCUGUUGUAGCCACUCCUGUAGGCAGUGAUAAUGGAACAUUCCCUACAGAUUAUACAGCACUAAGAGCUAUGACAUCGUGUAAGUGCUGUACCCCACCUCCACCUGGAUAUACUUAUAGUACUGAAAGUGCUAAUCAACACUCGCUAAAAUCAUUUACAAGCGAAUCCUUAAAGAACAAUACACUCCAACCAAGUCAACUAUCCAAUGGUUCAGUCACUUACUACACCACCUUAUCACCUAGGCUGAGAUCUGAUAAUGCAACAGAUAAACGUAAAGUUCGAAUCAUAACGGUGAAGGAGAAUAUGGAAAUGGAAGCUGAAAAAAACUGUGCUUCUGACUACUCGGUUACGUAA